AUGUUACAGGUACCGAGGAACCGGGACCGUGAAGCUGUAGCACGCAAGGAACCUGAAAUGAAUCAAGCCGCAAUGGAGCAGGCCAUGGCCGAGUUCUUUCGGCAAUUUGCCGCUCAGAUGGCAAUGGGAUUAGGACAUGCGACCCAGAGGGCCAUAGGUUAUGAAGAUGGCAAGAACAUGAGGAACUUCCUCGAUCUUGUGGAGAUAGAUUUCGUGGAACGGGGGUUGGACGCUCGACAUUGGGGAGAAGAACUAAGACGAUAUCUGAGAGGCGACGCGUUGGGUUACUGGCUGUACCUGCGCCGUACAAGUGCACCACUGACUGAUUGGGAAUACCUGAGACAACAAUUCUGUGCGCGAUUUUGUAACGUAACAACGGAAAGGAUGAAAGUGAUGAUGGCGGAGAAUGUGUGGCGAUAUGACCACACCGCUUACUCUUCGCGUUUUGCAGCCAUAGUUGCACAAGGGGUAUCGAUGGCACCAGACUUGUUGGUGGGUUACUAUUUGGCCAAUCUACCAGAUGAAAUAUACCGAGAGGUGACCCGCGGUGGAACGAGGAAAUUCGCGGACUGGCAGGACGCUGCCGCAGCACUGGCUGCUACUGCGGCACCAUGGAAGGAUUCAUGUGAAGAGCGCCUCCGGUUCCAAAGGGACUUAGAGGACGCCAAGCGUAGAUGGGCUCAAGGGCCUAACCCCAUCCCAGUCUCCCCAGAUUGGAGCAAGAAGUUGCCCGGUAGAGAGGAGAAGGAGAAUGCCGAGGGUCCGGACUUGGGAGAGAACCAGCAACCCUUGGCAAUACAGUCUCACGCCGGGACAACGUUGCUAAUUGAGGAAGGACAUGCGAGUAAAAGGGACCACCGCAGCGAGCUACACAGCGGUGCGGGGAUGCGUGAGACGAUAGGACACGCGGUGUAG